CUACCCAAGAGUAAGAAGGACUGCUGCAAGUUCGUCUCCUCUGCCAUGGGACAGGCCAACGCGGCCCGCGACGAGCUGUACGACCUGCGCGAGUGCAAGAUGAGCGGCACCGACGCGGGCGGCUUUGACCUGUCUGGCGCGCUGAUGGAGAAGGGCGACUUCUCGGGCACAAACUUCAAGGAGUCACAGCUCUCAAAGGCGUACGCGCCGGGCGCCAAGUUCGACGGCGCCGACUUUUCGAACGGCGUCGUCGACCGAGCAUACUUUAACGGCGCGUCGUUCAAGGCGCGUCUGGGCUCCCGCCUGGCCGGCGCCGUCUUCAGCAACGCGGUGCUGUCGGGCACGACCUUCGAGAACGCCGACCUGUCCGACACGGACUGGACCGACGCGUACAUCGGCAUGUUCGACCAGAAGAAGCUGUGCAAGAACCCGACGCUGCAAGGGGAGAACGCAAAGACAGGCGCCCCGACGCGCGAGUCGGCAGGGUGCGGGCCGAGCGCAUGAGCUGUACCAGUCGCCUGGCACGAUGCCCCCCCCCCCUCCCGCGGGCUGACGGCCACUCCUCGAUUUUGUGUACCCUCCGUGUCGUCUCUGUUAGCUCUCACUGUCCGGAUCUCUGCCGCCGGUGACGCGAGGUCGAGUCAAUCGCUCCGCUGCGCAUCGCUCGCGCGCGGAAACAUCCGAACCGUUCUGUGUGAUUUAAGAUACUCGCAAAUGGAUGACU